GGUGCUGCUGCAGGAAUGGUGGGCUUGGGGUACCUGAUCCUGCGGCCCUGGAUUCGAGAGCUGAUCCUAGGGUCAGAAACACUCUCAAGUCCACAAGCUGGGCAACUGCUCAAGGUCUUGCAGGACUCAGAGACCCUGGGCCCAUCCCACGCCCCUGUUGCCCCUGAUGCCGGAGCUAUGCUGCUUGUAUUGGAUGGGACCCAUGGUGUCCGGUGCCUGGUGACGCGCGAGGCCCUGGACACCUUGGACUGGGGAAAAGAGUUCGGAAUCUGUGGAGCAGAGGGCCGGCUACUAUUACUGCAGGUCUGUGGAGUCUGCAUACAGGUCGCCAAGGGCAGCUCGCCAGCAGAGUUCUACCUCCAAGCAGACCGCUUCAGCUUGCUGCCCACCGAACAGCCUCGGCUAUGGGUGACUGGUUGCAACCAGGACUUGGAUGUGCAGAUAAAGCUGUAUGACUGCCUUGAGGACCACCUUUCAGAGUCCACCUCUUCCAAUGCAGGCCUAACGCUUCUGGAUGAAGUGCAGGAGGACCAGCAGCAUGGGGGGGCACUAGUGCACCUGGCUGAGAGCUGCCUAAUGCUGGCAGGCCCUUGCACAGCACCCCCACUCACCCACUGGGCUGCCUCAUGCUGCAGGGCCACGGAAAAAGCUGUGUGCACUGUCCUCAGCUUAUUGCUGCACAUUUCUGAGAAUGACCAGCAAAUUCUGAGUUCUCUGGGCUCAAGUCAGAGGGCACAAGGAACCCCUGCCUUAACCUGCCACAUGCCAUUGGAGGAAAGCAGUGCCAGUGUCAGCCUUCUGCCUGCCCUGCCUUUGGCUGCCCCAGACCUGGUACAGAAGCACAGCUCCCAGUCCCUACCAGCCAUCUGCUCAGCCUCUGGAUCUCUGCCCUCCAGCUCCCCACACCCCAGUCAUACAUCCAUCCCACUCAUGAGCUGUACUCCCAGGCUCUUGCCCCUUGCCCAUGACCCCAGGCCAUACCAGGCCCGUGUGACCAGGGCCCAGAAACUUAGCCUGGAGUUCAGAGAGCUAGGGUUACCCCAGAAGAACCAGCAGUCUUUUCCAUGGACUGGAGCCAAGGGAUCCCAGGAGCCCUGCCCUGUCUGGGACCCCCCAAAGAGGCAUUGUGAUGGUUCCACCUUCCAAUAUGAGUAUGAGCUACCCUGUGCCUCCCUCUGUGUCCAGGUCCAUGCUGUCAGGCUCCCUCCCCAGCUUGUGGCAUGGGCAUUGCACUUUUUGAUGGAGUCACAGCCAGAGUCUGAGCUAACUCAAGUGUGA